GGGAGGUUAAAGGUCCACAGACAGAGACACGGAGCUCUCACGGUGGACAGAGGAGCAUGAUGGGAACAUAAACAGCUGGGUGUUGUUCUGGUGGAAGCUGUAACAACAACAAUGCCGGCCGCAGCUACCUUUGUAUAAAAACUGCUCCGCUUGUCGAACUAUUGGACUGCGAACGGAGACAGGUAGCAGCCGGAUGAAGGAGCGUCACAGGUGAAACGCUAGCAUUAGCAUGAUUGACAUCUAAAAAAAUCAAGGAUGGCAGGAGUGUUUGACAUAGACUUGGAGACUGAGGACAUCAGUGAUCCAGAGGAUGAUGUCUGUGACUUCACUGUGGCAGAACCAGAUAAUGUUCAGACAGAGGAAGUGGAGUUGACCAGUGAAAGUGUCAACAGAGACAGUGAGAGAGUUGGACCUGACUGCUUUGAGCUUCUUACUGUGCUGGGAAAAGGAGCCUAUGGCAAGGUCUUCCAGGUUAGGAAGGUUCAAGGUGCUCAGACAGGAAAAAUCUUUGCCAUGAAGGUCCUGAAAAAGGCUAAGAUCGUGUGUAAUGCCAAAGACACAGCGCAUACACGGGCAGAGCGGGAGAUCCUGGAGACUGUGAGACACCCUUUCAUUGUGGAUCUUCUGUAUGCCUUCCAGACUGGGGGAAAACUCUACCUCAUACUGGAGUGUCUGAGUGGAGGGGAAUUGUUCAUGCAGCUAGAGAAAGAAGGCAUCUUCAUGGAGGACACUGCUUGUUUCUAUCUAGGAGAGAUCACGUUGGCCCUAGGUCACCUCCACUCUAACGGGAUUAUUUACAGAGACCUCAAACCUGAAAACAUCAUGCUUAAUCACCAAGGACACAUCAAGCUAACUGACUUUGGCCUCUGCAAGGAAUCAAUUCAUGACGGAUCAGUCACACACACCUUCUGUGGCACCAUAGAGUACAUGGCUCCAGAGAUCUUGACCAGGUCGGGUCACAACAGAGCAGUAGACUGGUGGAGCCUGGGGGCCCUGAUGUAUGAUAUGAUGACCGGCUCACCUCCAUUCACAGCUGAAAACAAGAAGAAGACCAUUGAUAAGAUAUUGAAGUGUAAACUCAAUCUACCCCCAUACCUGACCAUCGAUGCCAGGGACAUCAUCAAGAAGCUGUUGAAGAAGAAUCCAGCCCAAAGACUUGGCUCCAGUAAACCAGACUGUGCUGAUAUCCAGAAACAUCCGUUCUUCAGGCACAUCAACUGGGAUGACCUGCUGAGCAAGAGAGUGGAGCCGCCAUACAAGCCACAGCUGCAAUCGGACGAGGAUGUGAGCCAGUUUGACACCAGAUUUACCAGGCAGACGCCGGUGGACAGUCCAGACGAUAGCACACUCAGCCACAGCGCAGAGCUCGCCUUUGCUGGUUUCACCUACGUCGCUCCGUCGGUCCUAGAAAGUCUAAAGGAAGGCUUCUCAUUCGAACCCCGAACACGACCUGUACGCCGACACAACAGCAGCCCACGCACACCCAUCAGUCCUCUGAAAUUUUCCCAAGCUGGACCCUUCAAGUGCAGCAUCGACGGAGAGACAGACCUUUUCUCUCCGACCUCUCCGCCAGCAGCUCCAGUUUCUGUGCCACUGGAAAACGGUACUGCCAGUCAGCCCAUCAGGACGCCCGCGAGGAACAAGAAGCAGAAGGGCCAUCGGAGAUGAGGAGGAUAGUCUUCAAAGAGCCGGCCUAUGCUACAAGACCUUGGUCAGAUUGAUAUUUUUUCUAGCAGACAGUAAGAGCUGAAGUGUUUUGUUUUUGCUGGUAUAAUGCUUUUUUGAAGUGGUUUAACAAAUACAGUUGUACUUGGGGCUUACUGUUCAGGACUUCCUGUUUGCCAUAUAACUAUCUACAGUAAGAUUCACUGGAUCGACAUGGAGUUUUCAUGCUUUUUCUUUGUGAAGACAGUUUGAAUAACUUCAGUUUCAUCAUUUGUCUCAGAUAGUCACUAUAAGCUUUAAUUUACAGCUUCCAUAUAUCUGCACUUACAUAGCUCACAUUGUGGCACUAAUACAUGGGAAAUAAUGACUUGUAUAACAGUGUUUUCUACAAAUAGCACUAUAAAGUGGGCAACAGAACCACACUAAAUCCAUCAUGAGGAGUCAAGGUCAGUAAAUGAUGGAUUCAUUGGUAAAUGUGUAAUUUUGUAUGUAGACCCUAGUACAAUUACAGCAAAGGGAAGCUGUGAUAUAAAGUUUUUUGGGUUUAAUAAGUUCAUCAGCUUUUAAUUAGUUCAUCAGAGUUUUUGCAAGGAGGUCGGCUAUCACAGGCUGACAUUUUAAUUAGAGAACUGAUGAAGGAUCACUUGAUUGAAGUCCUGAUUCUUUUCCAUUAAGGUUGAACUGUGAAACUGACCUUCAGCCGUCAGGUUUUCAAGUAACUUUUGACGACGCAAGCUUAAAGUUGUAAGAUUUGUUCAUGUGUUGGGGUGGGAUUCAUAUCAAAAUCUACUGAAUGAAAUGCUACAUCGCACACAGAAGAUAAUUUAUUUACGAAUGUCAGAUUUUAUCUUCACUGAUUUCUGUCUGAAAAUCCGGCAACAUUCAUCAGUGUUUGUCACUUCUCUGGGAUUUCUGAACAGAGAGUCUUCAUGUCUACUGCCAAAGCUUUAACACAUCCUAUCCUCAUAUUGUACAAACGGACCAAUCACACUAUAAUAAUGCACUUGACAAGAAGGAUAUACUGCACUUAUUAAUUUGGGCGAAUAAAGAGGUAAUCAGUAAUCAUCCUUCAUCAAAAUAGGACCUGUAUAGUAAUUAAAGUGUUACAGUAUGUUCACAUAAACAUGUGCAUUCAUAUAGUUAGUACAAUGUACAGUCAAAGCAGGCUGUUAAAGUGGUGCUCUCAGAAAACAAGUUAUAAUCUUGUAUAAAAAGAGUAUUUUGGGUUACUGAAGAAGCCUAUUUUUACACAUGAAACCUAGGUCAAAUAGUAUUUAAAGAAAUAAUUCAAAUCCUAGAUAUUUUGAAGUGUUGGUCAUUGACUGACAUACCUGUCAGGGGUGAUGCUUGAUUGAGUCACUGCAGUCAAACACCAAUUCAGCACUUGGAUGAAUCACAGAAAGGCUGUGAUGUUCAUUUGAUGCCAAAAUAUUAGUUUUCUUUCUUAGAAUAAAUGAUUCAUCAUUCAUGGUUCAUUUGUACCAAAUUCUGGACCAUGUCACUAUAUCUUGCAUUAUUACAGUACAGUUAAAAAAAACACAGUUAAGCAUGCAUGAGUCUUAAGGCACUAAAACACAGGCAGCUCUUCAAGACAGCAGAGACAAAAUGAGUGUAAAUAUUAGAAAUUAAUUUAGGCUAACAAAAUAUGACAAAUGGUAAAAUGAACUAUAAAGCUUUCAAUCAUUGCCUCCAAUCCAGUGAUGUAUAUAUGUAUGUGUGAUGUAUGUACAAUCAGAGGUAAGUACUGAUGGAGUAAAGAUGGGUGGAAACAUCCCACAAAUUGAUGUAAAUAACAUGGCUGAAGAAGUUAAAGUGCUUCUAUUUGUUGGCUAAAUCAUCCAUUUGCUUCAGUUCUUGAAAAUGCUGCCUGUCUGUCAUUGUCUUUACUGGAGAAUAAGGAAUGUAUUUUACCAAGUGUUCAAUAUUACAUAAAUAGAUAAUGAAAAAAAUAACCAUAUGAAUAUAUACAGACGAAAUAUGUAGAACCAUGAAAUCAGGAAAUGAUCCAAAAAACGUUUGGCUACACUAGCAGCGUGGGUCUAGGGAUGGCAGUGUCAGUCUGUCAGUGGCUGAUCGGUUCACUACUGCCGUCGAGACUGAAAUAUCUUAGCAACAUUUGUACAUUCAUGGUUUUCAGAGGAUGACUCAUACUGACUUUGGAGAUUCCCUGGCUUUUCCUCUAGCGCCACCAUGAGGUUCACAUUUGGGGUCACUUCUUAUCUUCCCAUCAGCUUCAGCUUUACUUUACAGCUUUAAGUGCUAAAUGGUCACAUGUUAGCAUAACUAUAAACUAAGAUGGUGAACAUCAGCAUGUUAGCACUGUCAAUGUGAGCAUACUGACGUUGCAUUUACCUCAGAGUAUGUCACUGAGCUGCUAACAUGGCUGCACACUGUGUGGCAUUCAGACGGAAAAUGACGCUGUAGAAUAAACUAUUGACUAUGGACAUUUUGAAAUAAAAAAAUAAAUUACGAUAAAAUGACCUGGAAGAAAACAGUGAAAUAGUGUUUCAUAAUAAUGAGCUUUUUGAGUUUUAAAGGUCCAGUAGGAUUUAAUGGCAUCUAGUGGUAUAGUUGCAUAUUGCAACUUCCUCACUUCACCCUUCCAUUCCAAGCACACUGGAGAAGCUAGGUUGCCGCGAUCUGUGUAAAAAAUCCAAAUGGCCCUAUUUACAGCCAGUGUUUGGUUGUUUGUUCUGGCCUACUGUAGAAACAUAGCAGUUCAACAUGGCGGCCUCCGUGGAAGAAGACCCGCUCCAUUUGUAGAUAAAAAUGUCUCAUUCUAUGGUCAGGAAAACACAAUUCUUAUCUUAAGGUGUUUAUACACUGAUGCCUCUAUAUAUAUAUAUAUUAUAUUAUUAAUACUGAUGCCUCUAUAUGACAUACAUAAUGCCUCAAGAUGACCUACAUAAACAGACCAUCUACAAAAAGAUUUGGCUAUUUUCAUAUAGUCUUUCUUAAUGCCUGCCACCGGGUUGGAUUCAGUUGGAUUCCCCUUGAAAUCAAUGAAACGAGGCAGUAGAAACACUUUAGUCCACAGGGGCUGAGUUUCUUGUUGCUGCUUUAAGCGAGUCACAGUAUUAUUUUUGAACAAUUUCAUGGUUAUGUAUUUUAUCUGUGUUUAUACAUAUGAUUAUUUUUUAAUAUCUUGCAUAUUUAUUUGAUAUUGAACACAAUUCGUCUCCAUAAAAUCAAGCUGCUUUUCUUUUUAAAAGGAAGAUUCUGGUUUUCCUGCUCCUGUUUGCAGGUCUCUCCUGCCCACACAUAAUGUGGGAGCAAGUUAUUCCUUCCUUCCUCCACCAGCCUUCCUUCAUUAACACUGGAUACAGAGUCUGUACAUGUUUGAUGCUGAAACAACAGCCCGUUUCUCCACUGUGUGAACUGCCCUCAGAGGAAUGGGUAGCUCUUCACACUGCAGCUCGUUUCUGUAAUGACGCUGUAACUAUGCAGCGAGGAGGUAUAAACUCAUGAAUUGUAAAACAAAUUAUUUGUAAUGUAGGUAAUAAGACAAAGACACAAGUUGUCAGACUUUGCAGUUGGACAGCUUGAACGAUUGUGUUUGGUUUUGUAUAUUUAUUUACAUAAUGAAUGAUAAUUAUGGAGUGAUAGAUAAAUUGAUGUGAAAGGGAUUCUACACCUCCAGAGCUAAUGCGGAAUUUAUAUUCUAAAAACUGAAUUCAGAAGAAUUCAAUCGAGUGGAUUACAGAUCACAUUUUUGUGAUGAUUGCUGGACUUUUUCUUUUGUGUCUUGUUUUCCUUCUGCUAACUGAUGAAUGUUAUGAAUAAAAAACAUUAUUGCUGAA